ACCAUCUACAGUACAUUGUUUCAAUCCUCCCAUUUCCUGCAACACAACACUUCCAUGUUUCGUUUGAAGGGUAUGCUGCUUUACCAGUUAACACCACACAUUACCUGCUACCUGGACACUGACGACAAUGAAAAUAUGAAGAGUGAAUAUGAGAGGGGCUCGCCGCAAACUGUCAUUAUGUUGACAGAGAUGGGCUGCUGAUUUGGGAAUCCCGGAGCGCAGGAAGCACCAGGCAGCACCAUGACUGUAUUCAACCAGGAGAAUGUGGAGGAUUAUUAUGAGAUUGGAGACGAGCUCGGGAGUGGCCAGUUUGCCGUAGUAAAGAAGUGUCGCCAUAAGAGCACUUGUGUGGAAUAUGCAGCCAAAUUUAUCAAAAAGAGGCGCAGCAAAUCCAGUCGGCGAGGAGUAUCUAAAGAGGACAUCGAGAGGGAGGUCAGCAUCUUGAAGGAAAUCCAGCACCCCAAUGUCAUCACUCUGCACAAUGUGUUUGAAAACAAGAACGAGGUCAUUCUCAUCCUGGAGCUUGUGGCUGGUGGUGAACUCUUUGACUUCCUAGCUGAGAAAGAGUCAUUGAGUGAAGAGGAAGCCACCGAGUUCCUCAAGCAGAUCUUGGAUGGAGUCAGUUACCUGCACUCCAAACAGAUCGCCCACUUUGACCUGAAGCCAGAGAACAUCAUGCUGCUGAACCGGAGCGUGCCCCAUCCGCGCAUUAAGCUCAUUGACUUUGGUCUGGCCCACAAGAUCGAUUUUGGCAACGAUUUCAAAAACAUCUUUGGUACCCCGGAGUUUGUAGCCCCAGAAGUGGUCAACUAUGAGCCUCUUGGCUUGGAGGCAGACAUGUGGAGUAUAGGAGUCAUUACUUAUAUUCUGCUUAGUGGUGCCUCACCUUUCCUGGGUGAAAAUAAACAGGAGACGCUUGCCAAUGUGUCAGCUGUGGACUAUGAGUUUGAUGAGGAGUACUUCAGCAGCACCAGUGCUCUGGCCAGAGACUUUAUUGCACGGCUGUUGGUUAAAGACCCAAAAAAAAGAAUGACAAUCCUGGACAGUCUUCAACACCCCUGGAUCAAGCCAAAGGACACGCAGCAGGCAUUGAGUCGUAAGGAGUCAGCGGUGAACAUGGAGAAAUUUAAGAAGUUUGCUGCCAGAAGAAAGUGGAAGCAAUCGGUACGUCUCAUCUCACUUUGUAACCGGCUGUCCCGCUCCUUCCUGUCCAGGAGCAACAUGAGUGUGGCACGCAGUGAUGACACGCUGGAUGAGGAAGACUCAUUUGUGAUGAAGGCUAUCAUUCAUGCAAUCAAUGACGACAACGUUCCAGGCUUAAAACACCUGCUUGGCUCCUUGACCAGCUAUGACAUCAACCAACCCAACAAGCAUGGAACACCCCCACUCCUGAUCGCCGCAGGCUGUGGAAACAUCCACAUCAUUGACGUGUUAAUGAAAAAAGGGGCAGAGAUUCAAGCUCUCGAUAAGACUGGAGCCAAUGCUAUCUACUACGCCUCCCGACAUGGCCACGUGGGGACCUUGAGAUUCCUGCAUGAAAAGAAGUGCCCUCUGGACAUCCAAGAUAAGUCCGGAGAAACAGCUCUGCAUGUGGCUGCUCGCUAUGGUAAUGUGGAUGUUGUCCAAUACCUGUGCAGUAUCCAUGCUAACCCUGACCUACUAGACCGGGAGCAGGAGACACCUCUUCACUGCGCAGCUUGGCACGGAUACUCCGCAGUGGCCCGAGUUCUGUGCGAGGCUGGCUGUGAUGUGAACGCUCGGAACCGCGAAGGCGAAAGCCCGUUACUCACUGCUUCCGCCCGUGGCUUCAAGGACAUUGUGGAGUGUCUGCUGGAGCACGGGGCCAACAUGGACUCUGUUGAUAAGGACAGUCACAUUGCCCUGCAUCUGGCAGUGAGGAGGUGUCAGAUUGAAGUUGUCAAGUGUCUGCUCAGCCAUCAUUGUUAUGUAGACCACCAGGAUCGCCAUGGCAACACACCCCUGCACAUCGCCUGCAAGGACGGCAACCUGCCUGUGGUCAUGCAACUCUGUGCGGCUAAAGCCACUCUGGAUAUUCCUAACAAAUUUGGAAGAACAUCGCUCCACCUGGCAGCUAGUAACGGGGGUCUGGAGGUGGUGCGUCAUCUCUGCGUUGCGGGAGCCAACACUGAAGCCAUCACUAAUGAUGGAAAGACAGCAGAAGAUCUUGCAAAUGCAGAACAGCAGGAGCACGUCGCAACGCUGCUGGCCAAGCUGAAAAAGGACAACCAUAAGAUCAUUUACAUCCAGCAGCUGCGGCCUACACAGACCCUCCAACCUCGCAUCAAACUCAAGCUGUUCGGCCACUCGGGAGCGGGGAAGAGCACUUUGGUGGAAUCUUUAAAGUGUGGGAUCUUGCGCAGUUUCUUCAGGAGACGGAGGACCAGACUGACCAAUCCUGUCCGACAUCCCGCCUCACCUGUCACUUCCAAACCUUCAGUGUCUGUGAGUAUCUCAAACCUGUACCCAGGCUGUGAGAAUGUUAGCGUUCGUAGUCGCAGUAUGAUGUUCGAGCCCAGUUUGACGAAAGGAGUGCUGGAGGUCUUCAGUCCCGUACACAAUGCUCUCUCUACGGCUGAUGACACCGCCACCAAAGCCAUCGACAUCCAGAAUGCCAAUGUCAACGGUGUUGGAGACUUCAGUAUAUGGGAGUUCUCUGGUAAUCCUGUCUACUACUGCUCAUACGAUUACUUUGCCGCGAAUGAUGCAGCUGCGAUCCACUUGGUUUUAUUCAGCUUGGAGGAGCCGUACGAGACUCAACUCAACCAGGUCACAUUCUGGCUUAACUGCCUCAAGGCUCUCACGCUGCCGGAGGAUAACAUCGCCUUUGGAGGGAAGAUCAGGAAUCCACUGCGUGUGGUGCUCGUGGCCACACACGCUGACAUUGCGAAUCUUCCCCGAUCGUUCGGUGGAGAGUUCAGCUAUGACAAGGAGAGAUCUCUGCUUAGAGAAGUCAGAAACAGGUUUGGUAAUGACCUGCUGAUCGCUGAGAAGCUCUUUGUCAUGGAUGCAGGAGCAUCCAACUCCAAAGACAUGAAGCUGCUGAGAAACCUUCUGUUAGAGCUCAGAAACAGCAUCAUCUCAACCUGCAGGCCUAUGACCAGUGCAGAAGCUUUUGUCGCACUCUGCCUCCUGAGAGGAAACUGUAGCUGGUCCAAAUCCAGCUCAUGCGUGGCAACAUACUACUUAAUACUAUUCCCUUCUUUUCUCCAGAUUAACAUCAUGCAGAGUGAAACCGUCCAAGACGUUGUCCUGCUGGAUCCCCGCUGGCUUUGUAGUAAUGUCCUUGGCAAGCUUCUCUCCAUUGAAACCCCCAAAGCGAUCCACCAUUACCGUGGUCGCUAUCGUGUAGAGGAACUCCAAAACCUCGUCUCUGAAGGCGACAUCGAUGAACUCCUCCAGAUCCUGGAUGCCAUGGACAUCUGUGCCCGUGACAUAGCCAACCCAGGAAUGGUUGACAUUCCCGCCCUCAUACGGACGGGUGGGCUGCAGCACACCUGGACGGACGAAGACGACGUCGAAGGAGAAGACACUUUACUUUAUGGUGGUGUACGUGUGGUCCCUGUUGAGCACUUAGCCCCGUUCCCCUGCGGACUCUUUCAUAAGCUUCAAGUCAACUUGUGUCGCUGGAGCCGGCAACAAAAGCCCGAGGUUGAGGCUGAGGACGUUCGGUUGUGGAGCAGCGGAGCUCGGGUUGGACUCGGUGGUGCCGAGGCUCUGGUUCUGCUUGUUAACCACGGUCAGGGCAUGGAGGUACAGUUACGAGGACCUGAAGGAGAUCCUACACGUUGUUAUGCUCUGUUGGACACGUUGUGCGGCAUGACAGAAGGUCUCGUGGCCGCAACGUUACCUGGAUUGUUAACUGCCCGACAUUAUCUGAGCCCCCAGCAGUUACGGGAGCACCACGGACCCAUCAUGCUCUACCAACCUAGAGACUUUUUCCGGGCUCAGGCGCGCAGCGAGAACGCCCUGUCUAACACCAUGGGCGGUUAUCGCGAGAGCUUUGUUAGCAUCGUAGCAUUAGGUUGCACACAGGUUUAUAAACAGGGCAGUCUCGGUAGGGACGUGCCCGUGGCGGAGCUCAGUCACCUAGCUCGACGCAAACUCUGCCGCCUGCUGGACCCGCCCGACGCCCUCGGAAAGGACUGGUGUUUGUUAGCCAUGAAUGUGGGCCUAAGCGAGCUAGCUGCUAAAUAUAGUGGCGGCACCAACGGGACCCCCCCUGCAGACCCCCUUUCCCUUCCCAGCCCAGCAGCCACACUUCUGCAAGAGUGGAGCCAGCGAUCAGGUUCUACCGUAGGCAUUUUGCUUGCUAAGUUGCGAGAACUUGGCCGCCGAGACGCAGCAGAUUUUCUUCUCAGAGCCGCGCCAGUGUUCCGGGUUAAUGUGGAGAUUCUGGGAACUCCGCCAGAGCCGUACAGCCCUGUGUGCAAUGGAGGCGGCACAUCUUACAAUUCCAUCAGUUCUGUGAUCUCUCGCUAGGACGCCACUUGUGUCUGUAGAGAAACGUGCAAUUUCAUCAGUGGAGUGAUGUUCAAUCUCAGCUCCAUGGUCUUGAAAGACUAAAGUAUUUGAAUCAGAUACUCUGUUUAUGUCCACUGAUGCCGUCUGCGAUUUCUGAAUGUUCAUCCUUGGUAUCUCUGAAAUGGUGCCUCUGUAAAAAAAACAAAAAACAAGGGAAUCUUAUAUUACCUAUCUCAAAUUCCCAUAGUGAAACUGCAGAAGGCCUUUCCAAACGUCCUUACUGAAUGAUAAUUCUGCAGUUCUGAAUGAUACAUUUCUGUCUGAAUCAAAGAAAUUAAACUACAUUCGAUGGCCGAAUGAUCACAAAGUGCUUGGAAGCAUUACUUGAUGAUAAAAAGAUAAUAACUCAAUCUAUUGAGUGCCUUGGAGAUGGUAAACUGUUCUAGAUUUGAACAUUUGAUGUGCCAUGUGCUACCUACUAAAAGCAAAUUUAGUUUAAACACCUGUGGAAGUGUUUCAGUGUUUACCCUUUGUAGAAUAAUUUAAAUGUGCAUAUAUAAAUGAAAGAACAAGUCUGUUCUCAAACAUUCAGAGUUUGAGAACAUUCGGAGAAAAUUGUAACUACCUUACUGUUCCUUACUGCAACAAAACCAUAUUUUUUCAGACAGGAUUUUAUUUAGAAGAUGAAGCACAAAAAACAUUCCUUGACGCAGGUACGUUAACAUAUUUUAAAGUCUGCUUCCUAAAAUUCUGUGUCCCAGUGUAUUUACUGAUUUUCAUGCGUCGUCACAUUUAAGUACGGUAUAUUUGUGUCACCUCAAUGAAAUAUUGCAGUUUUAAGUGUAAAUGAUGAAAUACUCCAGGCAUUUAAAUUUUUUUAUAAAAUGUCUCCUGCAAUAUCUUGGUAAGCAUGAUCUGAGUAUUGUUAUGAUUGUUCAACUGCUAUAUAAAUAUUUUAUGUUUCACACAUUCGCACUCUUGAGCAUUAAGAUUUAAAGCAAAUUAUUUUAAAGGGAUCGCAAUUGGGCAAAAAACGUCAUAAAAUGUGUAGAACUGUUAACAGUGAUCCUGUUUCAGUGGUAGAAAUUUAUAUAAUUCAUAACAGCCAUCUGUUUGGAUUGAAUUGUAAUAAAAGUGGUAUGCAGGGCACAAAUGCAGUGACAACGUGAAAGCUGUAGAUGGCAGCAAAGCUUCCCUCUUAUGUCUACAUACUGUAUAUGCUAUGACUUUUCCUUCAAAGGAAACAGCUACAGUUUCAUCUUUUCUAAUAUCUUAAAUGAACUUUCAACAGUCCCGUGUAACAUUUUGGAGCCUCCAGCGCUUUAUUCCUUUGCAGGCACUCUUGAAAUCACAAACAACCUUUUCUGAAAGGGAACUGGGCAUAUUGCGUUUUUUCAUUCCAAAAGGCACAUUUUUAUACUGUGAUUAAGUCUGUGUAUUAUAAAUCUGUUUCUUUGUCUGUGGUCAAGCUUAAUGAUUUCCUUUAUAAAGACUUUAACAGGGUAAAUCAUAGGGGAAUUUAUCCUGUUGUAUUUAAGACUUGUACAGUCAUUUCUUUGCACAAGACCUUCACAUCUAUUUAUAUUAUGUUUUGAAUCCAUGUCGCUGAAUGCCAUGUCCUUAAUACUUCAUUAUAACUUUACAGUGUACUACAUUUUUUUAUAAUAAAUUGUUUACUUGAU